GCUGUAUUUUCCGGGCCGUUCGCUGCGCAAGACAUGAGCAAGGCCCUCGUCACACGCACGUGUGACGAUCGUCGGCGGAUAUGUAAAAACAACCGACACUAGCGCGCGCGCUGUUCGUCGCGCCAAGAUUGGUCGUUGCGGCGACUCGAGCUCUCCAGUCGGGACAAAGGAGCCGCACAGCUACCGCGUUUCUCUGUGUACUGAGCUCUUGCUUGGCCAUGGCAGCUUUUUGGCGGGACACUGCGAAACGACGAUGGACUGCGAAAAGUGUCAUUGUGACUGCACUGGUUGCGUUUGCUAGAACUUCGAAAAUUGAAGCUCGGGCUGCACCGGGAGAUUUCAACCUCUGGGGCAUCGCCACUGGGGCUAGGUCGGUUGAAGUGGUCGUCUUCGUACCAGAGGAGAAGAAUGGUCUGCUGGAUUCAUGCUACGGCACGCUGUCGGGUCCAGACCAAGAACGACACUUCAGUUGCGAUGACCACGGAGGGAAGUCAUCCACGGUCACGUUGAAGGGGCUCGAACCGGCGACAGAGUACAACUGCACCGUCACAUUCGUCAACGAGCUGGACGACUGUGACGAAGCAGCCACAACAAAGUCUAUCGUAAUAAAGACGCAGGCUGAACCGACGGAACCAGAUCCAAGCUGCACCACUAGGCCCAACCAAGCUGAAGCCGCUGCUGGCAUGGUUUUUUUACCGACGCCUAAAGUGGUCAUUCUCUCCAUGUCUUCACUUGUCGUUCUGUUGCAGCGACACUUCAACAACUAUUGUAUGAACCGCGGUUGAGAUUGAACAGCCGUUUCAGAAAUACCCACCCAAUAUAGGUUGAAAACUAAGCAAAUUACGCACAAUGGGUGUGCAAGACGCUCAAGAAGGUAACAUAUGUGAUUCAUUUUGUUACAAAAUAAGUGGCCUACAGUAUAAUCAGUACUUGUUUUUUGUAUUUGUUUCUAUGGCGUUGAAGGUGUCCCACCUGCGGAGUCGUCAGUGGAUGCAGAGAAAGCAUAUUUCACGUGUUUGCUUAAUUUAUGAUUGCUAGGAGGUACAGGAAAAGAUGUGUAGCGCUGUCACCUUCUCUUCAUAGGUUGUGCUGAGGCAGCUCAGGAACAAGCUUGUUUCAGUAACUUUACACUGGACUCGUUGCGUUACGUAUGUGAAACAUGCACUAGCGCAAUCUACAAUAAAAAGAGAAAUGGAACCGAGGAAGGAUUUUAGCUAGCACGCGUCUAGCGUUUUCAAUUACCGACAAUGACUGAGUGCGUACGUGCAAGAUUUUUGUUCUUUAAUUUGCUAAUUUCUUCGCGAAUCCGCAUGAAUACAUAAUUAAAAUCGUCCUUGGGAUUCCGAUCUGAAUUGUAACUCUAAUUAGCAGCGCCACCAUUCUUUGGAAAUAUUUGGUGACGGUAAUGCGAUCAGCAGACAUUCUUAUGAUAGAUAUAAGUUAUCUUUUAUGUACUAAAUGGAUUAUAUGAACAAUAAUUGCAUGCCCGUGCCAUAUCCUUAUCACAUCCACAAAUCGGGGAACCUUAAGGACACAUCAUCAGAUGCGCGAAUUGGAAAUUUUGUUGCCAGCCGCCGCGACAAAUGAUACCAGGACAAAUAUUUAUUGUUGUAUUUACUGCAUCCCAAUUGAACCACGGUAGCUAACUUCACCACCUCUAUUUUCCUGGCUGCAACUUUGUCGCAAUGGCAAUACAUCAAGCGGGCGCGCAUGACUCAGGAGAGUCAGUAAUGGAUACGGUGCAAUCACUUCAAUACAUUAAAGGCUACAUGUCUCUUGUGCCCAUUUUGCCGACACAUUCUGAGGUAGGGGCCACAAAGGGGAACAUGUAGAUGGGACAUACGCAGUGGCGAGAGGAGCAGUGUAAUGUCAAAAGGGAAAGCCUGGGAGGUAAGCCAUCCUGAAAAGGGUAGGCUGAGAUGAGAAGAGAGAAGUGUCUAGUUUGCACACACACAAUCAACAAAUCAUCGCUGAAUCAUUCACAAGCAGUAAUAUGAGCUUGCGAAAUUAAGGAAAGGAGGCCGCGCUUUUGUGGCUUCGUGCAUAGCAAACAAACGAGGCCAUGGUCCCAAUACAUUCUGUUAUGUGAAAGGCCUGUCAUCUAAGCGCCAUAAAAUUGUCCGACGAGAAAUUGUUUAUUUUUGUAUGUUGAACACUCACACAGAAGAGUUUCGAUCGUUUCUUCUACACUCCUCGCGCGUCAAUUAGCACUUUACGUGAUUCCAAUAAGGAAUGAAUAGGCAGUCAUGGAGAGAGAGAGAGAAAAACUUUAUUUGGUUCCUUCAAGGAUUUAGCGUCUCGAGGUCUCGGUCGUCUUGGGCGCCGGUGACUUGGAGCCUCUUCCGGCAAGGGUGGGCCCCUAUUCCAGGGCUCCACUGAGCCUAGCUACCUCACUAGCGUGCUGCACUAAGGCCCUUUGGGCCGUGAGCUCGCAGCUGGUAAGCCGACUCUCCCAUUGCUCCGCACUCGGGUUAUUGUGUUGGUGGAAUGAUUUAUUGUGUUUACAUUCCCAUGUGACAUGAUAUAGUGUGGGAGUGGCGCCGCACCAUGGGCAGGUGUCUCUGUAUUGGGUUGGGUACAUUUUGUUUAGAAUGUAUAAAUUUCGGAAGGAGUUUGUCUGCAAUCUGCGCCAACUCGUUGCUUCCUCCUUCGUUAGAGCUUUGUGCGGUGGGGGAUAUUUGGCUCUCGUCCCUCUGUAUAAGUUUAAGAUUUCUGUGUAACCUCCCUCGCAAGCGUGUGGGUGAUACUCCGGGGCGCGCGACUGCAUGGAAGAAACACUUAGUCGCCGUUGGCACGGUAACGUUCCUCCCGUCCACUAAAACUGUCUAAAAGUUGUAAUCUCAUACGUGCGUCUUUUGCAAUCAAGUGCUAGUUGGUGAACUCUCGUGUAUUACAUUUUCUUAGAGGUUUAAUAUGGGCAAGAUUGCUAGGUACCACGCUACAUCCGUUCUCGACAAUGGUGUCGACGUGCGCUCACACUUCCCAUGUGCCUCGCUGGCAGUCUUGUCGGUUCUUUCAAUGCCAAUAAUGUUGCACUUCUUAUGAAGCCACUGAAAUUCUAUAUCGUGGCCUUUGUCCGCUGCUCGAUGGUAGUGUUAUUGUAUCCCUACCGCCAAUUGUUCGUGUGGACCACGAUACGGAGCAAUUAAGAGCGAUUGCAGGACUGCCUUUAAAUCGCAGAAUUUAGCGCAGUUAUUGGGUCACUGUUGAUGUAAAUAAAGCACUGCUCUACAGAGCAUGACAUGUUGGAACCCUCUU